ACAAGCAUUUGAUAAAGAUGGAAAUUUUUGUCGUUUUUCACCUAUUUUACCAGAAACAUUACCAUUUCGUGCUUCGAUUCGUGAUUUUGAUCUUGAUCCACCACUUACUUACAAAGGUCUCAAAGACGCUUAUCAUACAGGAACUGUAUUAAAAGAAAAAAGUAUUCAUAUUAAUUAUUGUUAUUCAUCUCCAGCACUUCGUUGUGUUCAAACAGCUGCAAAAAUUCUUGAAGGUUUACAAUUACAAAAUAGAAUCAAAAUUCGUAUUGAACCAGGUUUAUUUGAAUGUACUGGUUGGUAUACAACAAGUGAAACAAGCAAUAUUAUAACAAUGCCUAGAUUUAUGACAAAAAAAGAACUUUUAGAAAAUAAAUAUUCUAUUGAUAAAAAUUAUCGUGAACAAAUGACGAUACCUGAAGUAUCUCAAUUUGAAAAUGAAUUAGAAUUUUAUCAACGUAGUCAUGCUGUUGCAGCAAGUAUACUUAAAAUGCAUGAACAGGAACAUAUUACACAAAUACAACAGGGACAAAUUACACCACAACAACAAUUACAUAUUUUAUUUAUCGCACAUGCUCCAAGUUUAGAAACAUGUACACGUAAAUUAUGUGGUGGAAAAUUUCGUCCAGAUACAUUACCACAUGUUAUUCGAAAUGUUGAUUUUCUUACAAUGACUGUCAUUGAAAAAACGGAUAAUAAUGCUGAUAAAUGGAUAUUUCGUCGAAGUUCAUUUUAUGGCGAUGAAUUUUAA